UGGAGAUUUUAACCCAGUUCUAUUUUUCGGCGAUGAGCGCAGCUUCUCUUUACAUAGUUUUUUAUCUAACAUUUGUCGUAAGAAAACCAAAGAUCAUUGCUAAGCCAGGAUCGUUCAUCUACCGCUUAAUCAAGCAACGUUGCCCAUUUGCCACCGAGCUAUAUUGGCCAACAAUUUGGUGUUAUGGUGGCCGGGCGCAAACUGUUGUAGGCGGUGUCUUGAAAUCGCACCCUGUAGUAACUUAUGAGAGAGAGAUACUUGGCACUCGUGAUGGCGGAGAGAUUGCGCUGGACUGGUGUAACACGAAAAACCCCACCAAUCCUCUCACUGUACUUAUAUUACCUGGUUUGACUGGUACAAGCCAACUUGGCUAUGUUCUUCAUUUUGUCCUGCACGUCAGUCAGAAACUUAACUGCGCUGUUGUUGUGUUGAAUAACAGAGGAUUAGGUGGCUUGCAGUUGAAAACGCCUCGGGUAUGUUGUGCGGCAGACACAGAAGACCUGGAAUAUGUCAUUAGUCAUCUGAAAAAUAAACAACCUCGCCGUCCUGUGAUGGUUGCAGGAAUAUCUCUCGGUGGUAUAAUACUUACUAACUUUUUGUGCAAAAUGGCUGAAGGAAAAAGUGAUAUCACUGAUGAAAUUCUUGGAGCCGCGAUAAUCUCCACUCCAUGGGAUUUGUUCAAGACCUCCAAUUCCUUAGAGCAACCUUUGAAUCGCCUUUUAUUCAAUCGUCAUUUGACAAAACUAUUGCAAAACGUAUUGAAGGAACACUUGUCAUCAACAAAAUUUCAAGAAAUGACUCUUAAGCUUAAUUGUGAUAUCAAUUCUGGGUUGAAUUCAAGCACUGUGAGAGAAUUUGAUGAUAAAAUUAUUGCACCAAUGUCUGGGUUUAAAGACUGUAAUGAAUAUUAUGCAGCAGCAACACUACAUACUAAGCCAUUAUGCAAGAUUAAUAUACCACUUUUGUGUUUAAAUGCUGCUGAUGAUCCAUUUGCUCCAGAGGAGUCAAUUCCAUUUGAAUUACUCUCUAGGUGUCCUAACAUUGCAAUGGUGUUGACCAAACAUGGUGGACAUGUAGGAUUUACCGAAGGCUUGUUUCCACGUGGAGCAGGCUUGAUGGAAAAGGUCAUUGUUCAAUACUCUCAAGCUUUGUUUGAGCACUGGUCACAGGGAAGACAUGACAGCUCCUUAAUGAACUGAGUGAACAGAAAUGUUGCCAUUUCAUAGAAAAAUUUGUAACCAUUUUGCUUGAAUAACCUUUCAACUCCCACAAGUGAUCAACAUGUGAUUUCUCCCUUUAAUAUCCAUAACUAAUAAAAGCAGGCGAUGAGGAUACUCAAACUUAACCCUUUCACUCCCACAAGUGACCAAGACAGAAUUUCUCCUUACAAUAUCGAUACAAUAUCAAGCAGGCAGGUGAUGAGAAUAGAGAAGAAUAUCAAUCAUGGGAUUAUUAGUUGAUCCAAUACCAAAUUCUCUGAACUAACAUCAUAAGAAUUGUAUGGAAGAUAGUAAGGAGAACUACUAAUUAGAUCUUGGGAGUGAAAGGGUUAAUAGGUCAAAAUCAGUAUCUUGAUCUAACUCAAUAUUCUCCCAAUUACUUAACAAGAAAAUGUGUAGCAGCUAGAGGGGAGAAUUAACAAUCAAAGCUUGGAAGUUAUAGGGUUAAUCAAUAUGUUGAUGAAAUAAUAUAACUAUGUUAUGAAUCCAAGGAAAAUUACUAAUACCUACAAGUACCAUCUUCAUAGAGAUCACCUAUUGAGAUUCUUUUACAAUAAUUAAGAAAAUUUUUAAUGAAAUUGAGAGAGGUUUUAACUUACCCUGUUUGGGUUAGUGCAUAUUUAUGUUUCUUUGUGAUUAAGAAAUCUAGAUAAGACAGUUUUUAUUCUUUAUUCACCCAAAACAUGGGCAGGAUGCAAGUAUGGACCAAGGAGAUGUAAAGGAUAUUUCAUAUUAUGAAAUCCUCAAGUUGUUUAUGACUUACAAAAAAAUUUUUUGACAAAUUUGAAGAUAUUAUUACAAUUAAAAGGUUUUUGAUAGACAAGGAUUGUACUAUAGCUUAGUUUAACUUUUGUUAGUCAGGAAGCAAUGUACAGUAUUGCACAAUCUUUUUGACUGGCUUUGUUUUUUAUUUCUUAUGCCUUUAAUUCCCAGGAGUGACCAGACAACUUUUCCAACUUUUUUUCUGGUAGUUUCUAGGUACUCAUUCAUACUACUGGGUCUAGCAGCACACUGAUAGAAUCAAAUGUUCUGGCUAUAAACACAUCCAAAGCUGUAGAAGAGAUUAAUUUGUCUCUAUUAUGCCCUCUGUAUUUUCUAAAUGGCUGACAGGUUAUCUCUUGGAACCCAACCACUUAAGUGCUGGACUCAUCGUAUUGGGCUAAAAUGUAGUGAAAAGAAUUUUUGCCCAUUGAAAAAGUUUGCAGAGGGCUGCUUGUGUAUUCACAGGCGGCCCAAGCUCACGUCUCGAGAAAAUUCAUGAACGCGUCACGCGUUGUGUGACUCGGUGUUGAGUUAGGGGAGGAACCGUUGAAAAUUUGAACACGUUAUAAGGGAUAGUAUGGGGAACGAAAUAUGAUCAAUUUACAACGAUAAAUAUUUCGAAAUAUGAAUA